AAUAGUUGAGCGGUGCUGUGUGUAGCUUGAACUGUACUGGCUGGCAAGAAUCUAGUAAGCACCCUAUGCACUGAUAACUCGUCAGAAUGGAGGGUAUGUUCUAGGGAUCUGGACAGCUGUACAUCCAAAGGAGCCAGGGAGUGCCAAUCAUCUUCUCCCAGUCUCUGACACGCUAAACAAAAGGAGCUAGAACUGGGAGUCCCAGCUAGAAUUGCUAGCCGGAUCUAGACUAAUAGAAUGACUUGGAGGCGUGGUGAGGCCGGAUCCACACUAAUUGAUCGACCUAAAGACGCUCCUGUUCCAGAUUUCACGAAUGGCAAGGAAAGGGUUAUUUUUCAAAACUUUUGAAUCCAAAUGGAGCUGAUUGGACUCCUUGACACUGUCAGCGAGCUUGAGCACACUGUCAGAGAGCUUGAGGAGGACCAGGAAGUCUGUUAUGACCAUGACGAGCCCAGUGAUGACGAUUUUGAGACAGAUCUGGAGAGUGAUUCAGAUGCUGCAGUGGAGGAUGAUGACGAAAUGGUCGAUGGCAUGGCUCCGACUCCCAAACGGAGGAAGCUGGCGAGGGACAAUGGACUCCAAAAAGCUAAGUCCACAGGAAGAUACCCCGUCUUUGGCGGUGUGGUCGGUCCUGUCGAUCAACUUGAUCCGUCUGUAACUCCAUGCCUAGAUUUUGUUAAGUUACUUUGGCCCGAUAGUUUGUGUGAGUACAUAGCCGAACAGACCAACCUGUACGCUAGGCAGUGUGGUGCUAAGGGUUGGUCAGCUACAAACAGUGCCGAAUUGUGGGUGUUUUUGGGGAUUGUACUAGAGAUGGGCAUUCAUAGGCUCCCUGAAAUUACGGACUACUGGUCCAAGGAUCCCCUUUUAGGUGUACAAUGUGUGAGCAAUGUAAUGUCGCUCAAAAGGUUCCAAAGUUUAUGGCGGUAUCUGCACUGUGAGGACAAUACGUCCAUCACUGAUGCACGUAAGGUAACUAGCAAGCUAAAAACUGUUUUAGAGACUCUUAAAGCCAACUACUUCAUGAGGUAUAAUCCCAGUCAGGAGCUUUCCGUUGAUGAGAUGAUGAUAAAGUACAAGGGUCGUAAAAGCGGGAAAAUUCAUAUGCCCAAGAAGCCUGUUAAACUGGGGUUCAAGGUAUGGUGCUGCUCAUGUUCAUGCUGUGGGUAUCUCUGUGUGUUUGAUGUAUACAGUGGUAAGCUCACCGAUUCCUCUGGGAAAAAGAUAGCUGUGAAAGGGCUUGUGAAAAAUGUAGUCCAUCGUUUACUCACUCCUUUUUAUGGUCAUCAGCAUGUUGUGUACAUGGACAACUUUUACACGUCCGGUCCAUUGAUAGAAGAGUUGGCUAAGCAAAAUGUGUUUACUGUCGGCACAAUUUUGAAGAAUGCUGCUGGUUUCCCAGCAAGUCUUAAGGAUGUGGUACUCGACAAAGGUGACUAUACGUCCAUGACUGUUGGUGAUAUUUCUUACUCUAUGUUUAACGACCGUAGAGUUGUGUCCUUUGCAACAAAUGUGUUCCCUGACCAUAUGCCCCACACUGUAAUGCGAAUGCACAAAGACGGUACCCUACGCUCUCAGAGUGUCCCCCCCUGUCUCCCUGCAUAUAACAUGUACAUGGGAGGAGUUGACAAUACAGGGCGUAUGAGGAAAACCUAUGGGUACGAUAGAAAGUGUCGGCGGUAUUGGUUCAGGAUUUUCUUUCAAUUCCUUGACGUUAGUGUGAAUAAUGCAUACAUUCUAUACAGGCACAACUGUGUCAGGGUGGGUUCAAAGGCCAUGCCUUUGAAAGGGUUUCGAUUGGAACUAAUUCAUAGUCUAUUGGGUGUGCCACGUACUCGUAGCAGUGCCUCAGGUCUGGCCAGUCUAAAUAUCGUUUUCCCCCCAUCACAGGGCGCACGUGUGAGUGCAAAUAGUGUCGGAGUGUCUCGUGGGCGCUGUCAAGUGUGUGUUCGGGAGAAGAUCCCUAGCAGAGAGCAGCAACACACUGCAAUGGCAUGUCCCCACUGUCGCAUAAGAAUAUGCAAAGGACACUCUGUUAUCGGACACACAUGUGCUAGCUAAUGUGCUGUGUGACUGAUUUUUGUUAGAUGGUACUCUCCUGGUCUAAAUUGGCCUUGGAGAGGGGAGGAAAGGGGUAUUAUUUCAAUGAUUAAUAAAAUUGUGAUAAAGAAUUCAGUUGUAUAUGAGAGGCCCUAACCCACUCUGUUGUAAAUUCUGUUGUAAUUAUUUUUCAAAACUUUUGAAUCCAAAUGGAGCUGAUUGGACUCCUUGACACUGUCAGCGAGCUUGAGCACACUGUCAGAGAGCUUGAGGAGGACCAGGAAGUCUGUUAUGACCAUGACGAGCCCAGUGAUGACGAUUUUGAGACAGAUCUGGAGAGUGAUUCAGAUGCUGCAGUGGAGGAUGAUGACGAAAUGGUCGAUGGCAUGGCUCCGACUCCCAAACGGAGGAAGCUGGCGAGGGACAAUGGACUCCAAAAAGCUAAGUCCACAGGAAGAUACCCCGUCUUUGGCGGUGUGGUCGGUCCUGUCGAUCAACUUGAUCCGUCUGUAACUCCAUGCCUAGAUUUUGUUAAGUUACUUUGGCCCGAUAGUUUGUGUGAGUACAUAGCCGAACAGACCAACCUGUACGCUAGGCAGUGUGGUGCUAAGGGUUGGUCAGCUACAAACAGUGCCGAAUUGUGGGUGUUUUUGGGGAUUGUACUAGAGAUGGGCAUUCAUAGGCUCCCUGAAAUUACGGACUACUGGUCCAAGGAUCCCCUUUUAGGUGUACAAUGUGUGAGCAAUGUAAUGUCGCUCAAAAGGUUCCAAAGUUUAUGGCGGUAUCUGCACUGUGAGGACAAUACGUCCAUCACUGAUGCACGUAAGGUAACUAGCAAGCUAAAAACUGUUUUAGAGACUCUUAAAGCCAACUACUUCAUGAGGUAUAAUCCCAGUCAGGAGCUUUCCGUUGAUGAGAUGAUGAUAAAGUACAAGGGUCGUAAAAGCGGGAAAAUUCAUAUGCCCAAGAAGCCUGUUAAACUGGGGUUCAAGGUAUGGUGCUGCUCAUGUUCAUGCUGUGGGUAUCUCUGUGUGUUUGAUGUAUACAGUGGUAAGCUCACCGAUUCCUCUGGGAAAAAGAUAGCUGUGAAAGGGCUUGUGAAAAAUGUAGUCCAUCGUUUACUCACUCCUUUUUAUGGUCAUCAGCAUGUUGUGUACAUGGACAACUUUUACACGUCCGGUCCAUUGAUAGAAGAGUUGGCUAAGCAAAAUGUGUUUACUGUCGGCACAAUUUUGAAGAAUGCUGCUGGUUUCCCAGCAAGUCUUAAGGAUGUGGUACUCGACAAAGGUGACUAUACGUCCAUGACUGUUGGUGAUAUUUCUUACUCUAUGUUUAACGACCGUAGAGUUGUGUCCUUUGCAACAAAUGUGUUCCCUGACCAUAUGCCCCACACUGUAAUGCGAAUGCACAAAGACGGUACCCUACGCUCUCAGAGUGUCCCCCCCUGUCUCCCUGCAUAUAACAUGUACAUGGGAGGAGUUGACAAUACAGGGCGUAUGAGGAAAACCUAUGGGUACGAUAGAAAGUGUCGGCGGUAUUGGUUCAGGAUUUUCUUUCAAUUCCUUGACGUUAGUGUGAAUAAUGCAUACAUUCUAUACAGGCACAACUGUGUCAGGGUGGGUUCAAAGGCCAUGCCUUUGAAAGGGUUUCGAUUGGAACUAAUUCAUAGUCUAUUGGGUGUGCCACGUACUCGUAGCAGUGCCUCAGGUCUGGCCAGUCUAAAUAUCGUUUUCCCCCCAUCACAGGGCGCACGUGUGAGUGCAAAUAGUGUCGGAGUGUCUCGUGGGCGCUGUCAAGUGUGUGUUCGGGAGAAGAUCCCUAGCAGAGAGCAGCAACACACUGCAAUGGCAUGUCCCCACUGUCGCAUAAGAAUAUGCAAAGGACACUCUGUUAUCGGACACACAUGUGCUAGCUAAUGUGCUGUGUGACUGAUUUUUGUUAGAUGGUACUCUCCUGGUCUAAAUUGGCCUUGGAGAGGGGAGGAAAGGGGUAUUAUUUCAAUGAUUAAUAAAAUUGUGAUAAAGAAUUCAGUUGUAUAUGAGAGGCCCUAACCCACUCUGUUGUAAAUUCUGUUGUAAUUAUUUUUCAAAACUUUUGAAUCCAAAUGGAGCUGAUUGGACUCCUUGACACUGUCAGCGAGCUUGAGCACACUGUCAGAGAGCUUGAGGAGGACCAGGAAGUCUGUUAUGACCAUGACGAGCCCAGUGAUGACGAUUUUGAGACAGAUCUGGAGAGUGAUUCAGAUGCUGCAGUGGAGGAUGAUGACGAAAUGGUCGAUGGCAUGGCUCCGACUCCCAAACGGAGGAAGCUGGCGAGGGACAAUGGACUCCAAAAAGCUAAGUCCACAGGAAGAUACCCCGUCUUUGGCGGUGUGGUCGGUCCUGUCGAUCAACUUGAUCCGUCUGUAACUCCAUGCCUAGAUUUUGUUAAGUUACUUUGGCCCGAUAGUUUGUGUGAGUACAUAGCCGAACAGACCAACCUGUACGCUAGGCAGUGUGGUGCUAAGGGUUGGUCAGCUACAAACAGUGCCGAAUUGUGGGUGUUUUUGGGGAUUGUACUAGAGAUGGGCAUUCAUAGGCUCCCUGAAAUUACGGACUACUGGUCCAAGGAUCCCCUUUUAGGUGUACAAUGUGUGAGCAAUGUAAUGUCGCUCAAAAGGUUCCAAAGUUUAUGGCGGUAUCUGCACUGUGAGGACAAUACGUCCAUCACUGAUGCACGUAAGGUAACUAGCAAGCUAAAAACUGUUUUAGAGACUCUUAAAGCCAACUACUUCAUGAGGUAUAAUCCCAGUCAGGAGCUUUCCGUUGAUGAGAUGAUGAUAAAGUACAAGGGUCGUAAAAGCGGGAAAAUUCAUAUGCCCAAGAAGCCUGUUAAACUGGGGUUCAAGGUAUGGUGCUGCUCAUGUUCAUGCUGUGGGUAUCUCUGUGUGUUUGAUGUAUACAGUGGUAAGCUCACCGAUUCCUCUGGGAAAAAGAUAGCUGUGAAAGGGCUUGUGAAAAAUGUAGUCCAUCGUUUACUCACUCCUUUUUAUGGUCAUCAGCAUGUUGUGUACAUGGACAACUUUUACACGUCCGGUCCAUUGAUAGAAGAGUUGGCUAAGCAAAAUGUGUUUACUGUCGGCACAAUUUUGAAGAAUGCUGCUGGUUUCCCAGCAAGUCUUAAGGAUGUGGUACUCGACAAAGGUGACUAUACGUCCAUGACUGUUGGUGAUAUUUCUUACUCUAUGUUUAACGACCGUAGAGUUGUGUCCUUUGCAACAAAUGUGUUCCCUGACCAUAUGCCCCACACUGUAAUGCGAAUGCACAAAGACGGUACCCUACGCUCUCAGAGUGUCCCCCCCUGUCUCCCUGCAUAUAACAUGUACAUGGGAGGAGUUGACAAUACAGGGCGUAUGAGGAAAACCUAUGGGUACGAUAGAAAGUGUCGGCGGUAUUGGUUCAGGAUUUUCUUUCAAUUCCUUGACGUUAGUGUGAAUAAUGCAUACAUUCUAUACAGGCACAACUGUGUCAGGGUGGGUUCAAAGGCCAUGCCUUUGAAAGGGUUUCGAUUGGAACUAAUUCAUAGUCUAUUGGGUGUGCCACGUACUCGUAGCAGUGCCUCAGGUCUGGCCAGUCUAAAUAUCGUUUUCCCCCCAUCACAGGGCGCACGUGUGAGUGCAAAUAGUGUCGGAGUGUCUCGUGGGCGCUGUCAAGUGUGUGUUCGGGAGAAGAUCCCUAGCAGAGAGCAGCAACACACUGCAAUGGCAUGUCCCCACUGUCGCAUAAGAAUAUGCAAAGGACACUCUGUUAUCGGACACACAUGUGCUAGCUAAUGUGCUGUGUGACUGAUUUUUGUUAGAUGGUACUCUCCUGGUCUAAAUUGGCCUUGGAGAGGGGAGGAAAGGGGUAUUAUUUCAAUGAUUAAUAAAAUUGUGAUAAAGAAUUCAGUUGUAUAUGAGAGGCCCUAACCCACUCUGUUGUAAAUUCUGUUGUAAUUAUUUUUCAAAACUUUUGAAUCCAAAUGGAGCUGAUUGGACUCCUUGACACUGUCAGCGAGCUUGAGCACACUGUCAGAGAGCUUGAGGAGGACCAGGAAGUCUGUUAUGACCAUGACGAGCCCAGUGAUGACGAUUUUGAGACAGAUCUGGAGAGUGAUUCAGAUGCUGCAGUGGAGGAUGAUGACGAAAUGGUCGAUGGCAUGGCUCCGACUCCCAAACGGAGGAAGCUGGCGAGGGACAAUGGACUCCAAAAAGCUAAGUCCACAGGAAGAUACCCCGUCUUUGGCGGUGUGGUCGGUCCUGUCGAUCAACUUGAUCCGUCUGUAACUCCAUGCCUAGAUUUUGUUAAGUUACUUUGGCCCGAUAGUUUGUGUGAGUACAUAGCCGAACAGACCAACCUGUACGCUAGGCAGUGUGGUGCUAAGGGUUGGUCAGCUACAAACAGUGCCGAAUUGUGGGUGUUUUUGGGGAUUGUACUAGAGAUGGGCAUUCAUAGGCUCCCUGAAAUUACGGACUACUGGUCCAAGGAUCCCCUUUUAGGUGUACAAUGUGUGAGCAAUGUAAUGUCGCUCAAAAGGUUCCAAAGUUUAUGGCGGUAUCUGCACUGUGAGGACAAUACGUCCAUCACUGAUGCACGUAAGGUAACUAGCAAGCUAAAAACUGUUUUAGAGACUCUUAAAGCCAACUACUUCAUGAGGUAUAAUCCCAGUCAGGAGCUUUCCGUUGAUGAGAUGAUGAUAAAGUACAAGGGUCGUAAAAGCGGGAAAAUUCAUAUGCCCAAGAAGCCUGUUAAACUGGGGUUCAAGGUAUGGUGCUGCUCAUGUUCAUGCUGUGGGUAUCUCUGUGUGUUUGAUGUAUACAGUGGUAAGCUCACCGAUUCCUCUGGGAAAAAGAUAGCUGUGAAAGGGCUUGUGAAAAAUGUAGUCCAUCGUUUACUCACUCCUUUUUAUGGUCAUCAGCAUGUUGUGUACAUGGACAACUUUUACACGUCCGGUCCAUUGAUAGAAGAGUUGGCUAAGCAAAAUGUGUUUACUGUCGGCACAAUUUUGAAGAAUGCUGCUGGUUUCCCAGCAAGUCUUAAGGAUGUGGUACUCGACAAAGGUGACUAUACGUCCAUGACUGUUGGUGAUAUUUCUUACUCUAUGUUUAACGACCGUAGAGUUGUGUCCUUUGCAACAAAUGUGUUCCCUGACCAUAUGCCCCACACUGUAAUGCGAAUGCACAAAGACGGUACCCUACGCUCUCAGAGUGUCCCCCCCUGUCUCCCUGCAUAUAACAUGUACAUGGGAGGAGUUGACAAUACAGGGCGUAUGAGGAAAACCUAUGGGUACGAUAGAAAGUGUCGGCGGUAUUGGUUCAGGAUUUUCUUUCAAUUCCUUGACGUUAGUGUGAAUAAUGCAUACAUUCUAUACAGGCACAACUGUGUCAGGGUGGGUUCAAAGGCCAUGCCUUUGAAAGGGUUUCGAUUGGAACUAAUUCAUAGUCUAUUGGGUGUGCCACGUACUCGUAGCAGUGCCUCAGGUCUGGCCAGUCUAAAUAUCGUUUUCCCCCCAUCACAGGGCGCACGUGUGAGUGCAAAUAGUGUCGGAGUGUCUCGUGGGCGCUGUCAAGUGUGUGUUCGGGAGAAGAUCCCUAGCAGAGAGCAGCAACACACUGCAAUGGCAUGUCCCCACUGUCGCAUAAGAAUAUGCAAAGGACACUCUGUUAUCGGACACACAUGUGCUAGCUAAUGUGCUGUGUGACUGAUUUUUGUUAGAUGGUACUCUCCUGGUCUAAAUUGGCCUUGGAGAGGGGAGGAAAGGGGUAUUAUUUCAAUGAUUAAUAAAAUUGUGAUAAAGAAUUCAGUUGUAUAUGAGAGGCCCUAACCCACUCUGUUGUAAAUUCUGUUGUAAUUAUCUCUUUCCUUGGCAAUCUGUUGUAGAAAUUACAACAAUGGGUAAGGAAUCGUUAUGAUGAAUUAGAUGAAGUUGUAUGUGAGCUCCUCCCUGACAAACAAACUGUAGUCUAGGUAACCGCCUUAUCAGUCAAGUAGGCUAAAAAUCUGUGUCCUUUGAUGUAAGCUUUGAUGUCUCUUUGUGCAUAUGUAGUUAUAAAAAAAAAAAAAAAAAAAAAAGAAA